AUGGUACAACGUCUUGUCAAUCCAGCGUUAGACACAGUCUUUACACGCUCGAGGACAACGACUAAGAUUAUAGACAUAAAGCUCUUUGAUAUAUCAGUGCAUAGUAUCCAUGAUGUCUUCUUAUUUAGUAAACACCCUCGUCUUACAUCAUCACUCUACGACAUGGGCAGAAAGUGGGGUGCCAUAAUGAGGUACUAUCCCCCAGAGAUUGUGAAGAUGUCUAUUCCACCUGUAUCUCUCGAAUUCCCAGGAAAUAAGGCAACAGGUGCUCACCCUGCUAUCAGCGUUGUACAUGAGAUCGCUCUAGUCGCAUUUACUAAUACAUUUGAAGGGGACAUAGUGGAUAUUAUCUCAUUCGAUCUCACGUACCAGCGCAGACUUUGCGAAUUGAUGCUACCUCAUGAUGGAGAGCUCAUUGAUAACUCACUCAGGAAGUGUUAAUUUGCUUCUUUACAAGAAGAUUCACAGUAUAUUACACGCUUACGUAUCUAAUUCCCACAAUUUCUUCAAUUCUGUUGUAUCAUCUCUACUAGGACACUUUCUGGACAAUUUCAAUGAGCAAAAUGCCUGCAACACCGUAACUAUAAUAAUCAGUAGUUAUUAUCAUAUCCACUAACAUUUAUAUACCAUUAUUUGUAUA